UUUGUUUAAAUACAGUAUGGUAUGUUUUUUGAGCUUAGUCGCUCCAUUUUUUCAUUCGAUAUACCAAAUCCGCUUUUCUCAGGUAAUGCAAUGUGGAUGGAACUGUUGACUUUGGCAAUAGGUACUGUUAUUCUGAAAGUAGAGUUCGCGGCGUCACUAUGGAACAAAAUCGAACUUCUCAAGAAUGUAUGGACAUUCGUUAAUGAGUGUCCUGAGUGGCUAUAUUAUCACAAUCACCUUACUGAAAAGGUGCAAGCUCUUGAAGCAAAGAUGGUGGCCUUGGGCUGUCGGGAGUAUGAUGUUAGAACAGAAGUGGAAAAUACAGUGCCCCAAACAGGAUAUCAAGGAAAGGAAGAAGUUAGGAAUUGGUUGGGGAAUGUACAAGCUGAAAAAGCAGAAGUGGAAAACAUUUCUGGGGAAUUUCAAAGAGGUAAUUUUUUCUCCUACAUAUGGUUCGGAGGUCGUGUGGAAAAGCAUAUACGAGAGGUAGAAGGGCUUUCCAAGCAAGGAAGAUUUCCCGAGGGUCUUCUAAUUGAAGCACCUCAGAGCAGGCGGGUGGAAUUGUUGACAACACCAUUGGUGGGUGAUGUUACACCAAAAAGACAUCUGGAAAAUGUUUGGGAAAGCUUGAUGGAUGAGCAGGUAUUAAGGAUUGUUGUUGUUGGAGUAGCAGGAGUUGGAAAAACAUUCAUCAUGUCACAUGUACAGAAUCGACUAUUGGAAGAUAACAGUACUUUUAAAUAUGUUUAUUGGGUGACUGUAUCACGAGAGUGUGACAUUCAUGAAUUGCAGAAUGACAUUGCAAAAGAAGUAGGAAUUGAUGUUUCGAACGAGAGGGAUAAAAUGAAAAGGGCAGCCAGGUUACACAGAGCGCUUAAAGAUAGAAAGAAAAGCGUGCUCAUAUUAGACGAUGUUCGGAAACAAGUUUCCCUAAUUGAGGUAGGAAUCCCGACUGAAAGGGAUGUAUGCAAACUGAUUGUAACUACUCGUUCAUCAGAGGUGUGUCGAAGGAUGGGCGGCCGGGAUACUAAUACCAUCACAAUGGAGCCUCUACAAGAUGAAGAAGCAGAGAUGUUGUUCAUGGAAAAACUUCAGCCCAACAGCCCACUUGCCCCGGAAUUAUUGAGCAUUGCAAAGAUGAUUGUCAAAGAAUGUGGUGGUUUGCCAGGUACUAUUAUCACUGAGGCUGAGAAAUUGAUGGGAAUCUAUGACAUUAACGAGUGGAGGAACGCUUUAAAUGAAAUUCAAAAUUUAAAGAAUUGACACUUGCUAUUUAGCAACUGUGAUUUUGUUGUAAACUUUUGGAAAAUGGAACUUGUAGCAUUGAUCACUAUAUUGUUGUUGUAUAUCAUUCUUGCUGGCUAGAUCAUUCAGGAGUGGAGUUUUACCGUCUUCUAUUGCUGGUUGAUUGGAAAAAAUGUGUUCAGAUGUUUGGUAA